AAAUCUAACAGGUGGAUUAAUUUAACACGGACUUGUCAGCUGGUGCCAGUUAACCCAUUGUUGUGUGAACUGGUUAUAUCAGAAGUUGGCCAAAUGGAUCCAAAGCACCCUCCUGAGCUCAGCAGUAUGACGGGCGUCCCCUGGCUGGGACGUGGAGCAGGAUUACAGCCUCAGGAGCCGGCUGUAGGACGUGGUAGAGGGCUACUGCUCUCUACAGAAAGGCCUGGUGUAGGACGAGCCAGAGGUUUCCCAACUCUAGGUGAUACCCCACAAAGACAAGGAGUAACUCUGCCCAUUACUGAACCUGUGUUUGGACACGCCAGAGGGCUGCUGGUGCAGCCUGAAUAUGGAGGAGUUGGCCGAGCCAGGGGGCUGCUCUUCCCAGCAACUGAGCCAGUGUUAGGGGUGGCCAGAGGUGUAAUCCUGCCUAGUCUGGAUCCGCAGCAUGUACAGACGUCACCACAUGAAACCACAACACGAGACCAAACAGAGGAGACCUCUGCUUUAACAACAAAAGAGGUUGAUACGACUACCUAUGGUCAAGGAUCAACACUGGUCUCAAUGUUUAGAGGAAUGGGCAUUGAGCCUUCAGUGACCUCAUGGGGAAGAGGAGCACCACCUCUGGGAAGAGGAGCAGCUGGUGGUAUGGGUGAUACAAAGCUGCAAGGUGUCCCAGUAGAUGUCUUCAGCAGUCCAGAGAGCAUGGGCCUACCUGAAGAGGUGAUGGGCAGAGGUAGCAGUCUCCGAGGCCGAGGUUUGUCCCCACAGACGAUGGUGGGGCUUGGAAGAGCAGCGAUGCCUCAACCUGGAGUAGGAAGAGGACACGCUCUGCCACCUCCUUUUUCUCCAGGUCGUAUCGAGUCUGUUUCUCCAGCCCCUGAGCAACAAGCAGCUCUACACUCUCAGACUUCCCACACUGGAAUCGUGCCCCUGCUGCCCACUACUCCAGAGUUGCCGAAGCCUUCUGCUGUUGCACCGGCAAAGACAGAGCUGAAAAUGGAGGCAGUCUGUGAGCCACAAAACAAGGCUGGAACAAAAGGAGCUCCUAUAACUAUCGGCUCAAACCACAUCCCGAUUCGCUGCAAGAAUGAAGCUGUCUAUCAGUACCAUGUUACAUUCACUCCAAACGUUGAAUCAAUGGCGAUGCGUUUUGGCAUGAUGAAAGAUCACCGCUCAGCCACAGGGGAAGUAGUAGCUUUUGAUGGCUCCAUACUCUUCCUGCCUGUGAAGCUGAAUGACGUGGUUGUUCUCAAGAGUUUGAGACGGACCGAUAAUGUGGAAAUACAAAUACAAAUUGAGAUGACGAAGAUUUUGCCACCCAACUCAGAUCUAUGCAUCCCAUUCUACAAUGUGGUGCUCAGGAGGGUAAUGAAAAUCAUUGGGCUGAAGCUGGUGGGUCGAAAUCAUUACGAUCCAGAAAGCGCCGUCAUUCUUGGAAAACAUCGGCUGCAAGUGUGGCCAGGUUACUCAACCAGUAUCAAGCGCACAGACGGAGGCCUGUACCUGAAUGUGGAUGUGUCUCACAAAGUCCUGCGGAAUGACUCCGUGCUGGAUGUCAUGAACAUGCUUUACCAGCAGAGCAAACAGAGCUUCCAAGAUGAAUGCACCAAAGAGCUCAUAGGCAGCAUCGUCAUCACCCGCUACAACAACCGCACCUACCGCAUUGAUGCCAUCGAGUGGAACAAGUCUCCCAAGGACACCUUCACUUUGAUGGAUGGCACCCAAACCACCUUUGUGGAUUACUACAGCAAGAACUAUGGGAUUACAAUCAAAGAGAUGGACCAACCUCUGCUCAUGCAUCGUCCAAAGGAGAGAUCUAAGCCGGGAGGGAAGCAAGUCAUUACUGGGGAGAUCCUUUUAGUACCGGAGCUCUCUUUCAUGACGGGAAUCCCAGAGAAAAUGAGGAAGGACUUCAGAGCUAUGAAGGACCUGACCAUGCACAUAAAUGUGAGUGGUGAGCAGCACACUCACUCAAUAAAACAGCUUCUGAAGAACAUCAGAACAAACCCUGAGAGUCUGAAGGAGCUCAGCCGGUGGGGACUGGACAUGGACUCGGAAAUCCUGGUGAUGAAAGGUAGAACUCUUCCGGUUGAAACCAUCUGCCUACAGUCUUCAUCCUUCACCACUGGUGCUGACGUAUCCUGGUCCAGAGAGGUUGUCAGGGAUCCUUCAAUCAGCUCUAUCCCAUUAAACACCUGGGCCAUCUUCUACCCUCGCCGCUGUGCAGAGCAGGCUGAAGAGCUGGUUUCCACCUUUAACAAGGUGGCUGGGCCUAUUGGGAUGCGACUGGAGCGACCCACUCAAGUGGAGCUGAGGGACGAUCGCACUGAGACUUAUGUCAAGAGCAUCCACGCUCAGCUCACCAGUAAGCCCAAUAUGCAGCUUGUUGUUUGCAUCAUGGUAGGCAACAGAGACGAUCUCUACAGUGCCAUCAAGAAGCUCUGCUGUGUCAAAAGUCCCAUCCCGUCCCAGGCCAUCAACGUCCGGACAAUAUCCCAGCCACAGAAGCUGAAGAGUGUUGCCCAAAAGAUACUCCUGCAGGUGAACAGCAAGUUGGGAGGAGAGCUGUGGACUGUCAAUGUUCCUCUGAAAAACUUGAUGGUAGUGGGAGUUGAUGUCCACCAUGACACCAGCAAGGCACAUCAGUCAGUAAUGGGCUUUGUUGCAAGUUUGAACAGCUCACUGACUCGCUGGUACUCCAGAGUGACAUUCCAGGCACCCACUGAGGAAUUGAUCAACGGCUUCAGAGUUUGCUUACUGGCUGCACUGCAGAAGUACUACGAGGUGAACCACAACUUGCCAGAGAAGAUUGUGGUGUAUCGGGAUGGUGUGUCAGAUGGUCAGCUGAGGAUGGUGGAGCAGUACGAGAUCCCACAGUUGAUCAGAUGCUUUGAGACUUUUCCCAGCUAUGAGCCCAAGCUGGUCUUUAUUGUUGUCAAAAAGCGCAUCAGCACCACCCUCUACUCCUGGGCGGCAAGCAGCGUUGGCACACCUCCACCUGGAACUGUUCUGGACCACACCCUCACUCAGAGAGGCUGGGUGGACUUCUUUCUGAUGGCACAUCACAUUCGCCAGGGCUGUGGACUUCCUACUCACUACAUCUCUCUGUACAACACAGCAAACCUCACACCAGACCAUUUGCAAAGGCUGACUUUCAAGAUGUGCCAUUUGUACUGGAACUGGCCGGGUACCAUUCGUGUUCCAGCACCAUGCAAGUAUGCCCACAAACUGGCUUUCCUGUCUGGUCAGUACCUGCACACAGAGCCAGCCAUCCAGCUAUCAGACAGGCUCUUCUUCCUCUAAGCUGCACCAGUUACUGCAACAAGCAGACUGCUGAAGUCAAAGCAAAACCAGCUGUGAUGAAAAACAGUACUGAAACACCCGAAUGACAAACACCUCAUUUGAAUCAAUGAGGGAUUCAUUAUUAUGUCUCAUUUUAAGCUUUAAAGUAUUGUAGGUUUCACCUAGUAUUCUCAUAUGGAUCAAGCCUUUAAUGCUAAUGUUUCUUAAAGAGCUGGCCAGCCUAUCACACCUUGAUAAAAGCUAACUCUUCAUGAAGGUAACACUGUAUUGCCUUACUGCAGAAAUUGUGUGGUAUUAAUGUUUUAAUUUCAAGUGUAGUUGAAAAAAGGGAAACAUUUUUGUUUGAAAUGAUUAUUGGCCCAAAGUUGGCAAAGUUUUAAUUGAGUUUUGAGUAUUUUUAGCCUCUGUUCAUGUGGCAUAAUUAUUGGUCAGUUUUGUUGAUGCAGACACUUCAUCUGUGACUGAUUUUUAUUAUUUACUAUUCUGUACUUGAUAAACAGCUUAACACAGGUUUACAUGUUUGAUCCCAAAAUGUAUCUUUAAGGUUUCAGCUUUGUAUAACCAUAAUACUAAAAUGUGUAUGGUUUAAAUAAAGCUUGACUAACUGGGAGGACUUUCAAUAAAA